GGGCGGCGUGAGACGUGGAGCAGUGGAGGGCAGCCCAGCAGCAGCCGCCACCCCCGCCUGCCCUUGUGCUGCUGGCCUCUGGGGCUGAUGCUGGACACCAUGCUCCUGCAGGUGCCUCUGCUCCUGGGGCUCAUUGUGCUGGGGCCUCAUGUCAACAGCUGGGGCUUUGUGGACAUCAGCAAGAGCACAGAUUUCUUCCGCAUGUGUGUGGAGUUUGCUAAGUUUCAGUUCAACCAAGCCCAGCCGGAUGAGUAUGCCUACAAGCUGCUGUGGGUGCGGCGAAGCCAGCGCAAGCAGUAUUCUUGGAUAUAUUUAAUGGAAUUGGAGAUGGGCCGCACAGUCUGUAAAAAACACGAUGAAGACAUCGACAACUGCCCCUUGCAAGAAGGCCCAGGAGAGAAACAGGUGGACUGCACCUUUGUUGUGGAUACUCGACCCUGGUUUUCCCAGUUCACCCUCCUGAACAGCACCUGUGUGUAGAAAUAGAUGGGGCAGGAGCUGUGGCUUCUCACAGCAGAAGUUCCUUUUCUGCUAGAGGGUGAGAGUCGGCCUGCAGUCACAGGUCUGUGCAGCAGCAAGGGAAAUAAAGGCAUCUC